AUGUUUGGCGCUUUAAAGAGGAGUCUGCGGAGACACAGACAUGUCCAGCUGCUGUCUGGUCUCAGGGACACACAGACACCGUGGAGACACCACACGCAGGCCCGCGCCUGUGCGGGGACCCCUGCAACCCUGCGCCUUCAGGACGACUGUCUGGUGCUCAACUACCGGGGGACGUCGAUUCAUUUGAACUACGUGUGGCUGCGGGACCACUGCCGCUCCGCCGCCUCAUACAACUCCAAAACUAACCAGAGGAACCUGGACACCGGGAGUAUAGACCUCUCCAUCCGCCCUGACAGCAGCACAGUGGAAGAUGGUCACCUCGUCCUCACAUGGCCUGGUGGUCAUGUGUCAAAGUACAGCCUCAGCUGGUUGGCUGAGAACAGCUACGAGGGAAAGCAGCAGAGCACCAUCCAGCCUCGCAUCCUGUGGAACUCAGACAUCUAUCAAAAGGCGAACGUACCAUCGGCCCAAUGGGACACGUUCAUGAGCUGCGAUGACGAACUGAAGAAGUUUCUUCAGAACUAUCUUCUGUAUGGAAUCGCUUUUGUGGAUGGUGUCCCUGCUACAGUGGAGGCCACAGAGGCAGUCACCCAGAGAGUCAGUCUUAUCAGGGAGACCACAUAUGGAAGAAUGUGGUGCUUCACUUCAGACUUCUCCAGAGGAGACACAGCCUACAGUCAGCUGGCUCUGGAUCGUCACACUGACACCUCCUACUUUCAGGAGCCGUGUGGGAUACAGGUUUUCCACUGUCUGAAGCACGAGGGAACUGGAGGAAGGACGCUGCUCGUGGAUGGGUUCUACGCUGCAGAAAAAUUACGUCAGCAGUCUCCUGAAAACUUUGAGCUGCUCACCCGUGUGCCCAUCAGGCACGAGUACAUAGAAAAAACUGACAACCAUCGGAACCACAUGAACGGCAUCGGGCCGGUGCUGAACGUCUAUCCCUGGAACAACGAAGUUUACCUGAUCCGAUACAACAACUACGACCGAUCAGUGAUAAACACAAUCCCCCAUGAUGCUGUUCAGCGAUGGUAUGUGGCCCAUCGAGAGCUGACAACAGAACUGAGGCGACCGGAGAACGAGCUCUGGGUGAAACUGACUCCAGGGAAAGUGAUUUUCAUAGACAACUGGCGCGUCAUGCACGGGAGGGAUUCGUUCACCGGCUUGAGGCAACUGUGUGGAUGUUAUCUGACCAGAGACGACAUCCUCAGCGCCGCACGCUGUGUCGGUCUGCAGGCCUGAACCUGCACACGGAGCCUGCUUCACUUCUGUGCCUUAUUAGUUUUCUUAUAAUGUAGGUUUACUUAAAUUUACUGAUUGAACGUCUUUUUCAAUCUCAACAACAAAAGUCUAAUUCCUUCAGAAUAUUGAUAGUAAACUAAUGUUUGUAGGUUUUGUAUCAUUUUAGAGUUUUACCUACAAUUAGAGAAUGUGAAUGUCUCCUGAA